AAUCUGAACUCUGCUGACGUGUUUGCAUUCUGAUCACCUUCAUUCAGACCCGGCAAACCAACACAAAGCUGCAGAAAAGCCCGUAGAUGACGUUAGCUGAUCUUUACAUUCCAAUUCUUUGUUCCAGAGGCUGCGACUCACAUUAUCAGUUGGGUUUUGUUUAUCUCUUGUGCUGCUUUGUUGAGUGCUGGACUAACUCGUCUCAGUUGACAGAAGAAGGCAGUAAAGGAUGAAGAGUUGGAGGCUCUGGCUGCCGGCUGUGGCCGUGCUGCUGCUUGGAAUGGAUGGAGUUUACAUGGAGGAUAUGCGAGCUGAGAACAUCGAUCUACUCACCCCUACUGAUUAUAAUAGGGUGCUUAACCUGGGAAUGAGAGUGUUGCCAAGAGACUGUUACGACAUGUUGAUGACAUCAUCAGGAAAGGCCAGAGAUGGAGUUUAUCUUAUCCAGCCUGGCGACGCCCCCAUCGUGGCCUUCUGCGCCAUGCAAGAGGGAGGCUGGACCGUGUUCCAGCACAUCACCGUCAACAGCAGCGUGGAUUUCGACCGCACUUGGGACGAGUACAAAAACGGCUUCGGGGACGUCACAGGUGACCACUGGCUCGGAAACAAGUACCUCCACCAGCUCACCCUCGGCCCCGCUCACUAUAAGCUGGGAGUGAAGCUUGUGGACCGAGACGCCGUGACCAAAACGGGCGAGUACGAUCCAUUUCUGGUGGAGGACGAAUCGACGGCGUUCAGGCUGAGGCUGGGGCUGUUCCAGGGCACGGCGGUGGACGCUCUGACCAUGGACACGGAGAACUACUUGCACGACAAUCAAAAAUUCACAACUAAAGACAGAGAUAAUGACAACUACUUUCAAAAUUGUGCCAAGCUGGAGUUUCAAGGUGUGCCUGGUGGUGGUUGGUGGUAUGACGCCUGCGCUGGAGCCAACCUGAACCGCAGGAACGUCAUUUACUGGCAGAAGGACUGCAACAAAGAGCAUUUGUGCAAGUAUGCCUGGAUGAUGGUGAGGCCUUCAGACUUAGUGAAGAUGAUUUACAGUGGGGACUGCAAGAAGGACGAGUUAUAACAACAGAUUUUUAAUAUAGUGCAGAACUGCUGCCAUGAUGGGCCUUCAAUUCACCUCAUUUUAUUCUCAAAUGGCAAAAAUAAUCACAAAAUACUACAACUGAGGCAAAAACUGACCACAAAUAUGAAACAUAGUUUAAGAAUUCAACACUAUUUUAGCUCCAGCUUUGUCUCCAACACGACAACAGAUGCAAAGCAAGCAUGUUUCUCCCUAAGAAACGGUUUUAAUAUUAAAGUUAAUGAUCCACAACAAUGACGUACACAUUCCAUCAAAUGGAAAACAGUUUGUAAAUAUUUUUUUCUCUACUAUGUGUUAUUUGUUUAUUCUUUUACCUGACAAAGACACUUUCAGCAACAGUAAUUAAAAAAAAAAAAGAAAUCCUGAGAAUUUAAAACCCACAUUUUUACAUAGUGUACCAGUAAACCCUUCCAUGCUCCUGAUGUAAACUCUACUUAUUUAGUUGGAAGUAUUAAAAAUGUUUUUUUUAACUGA